AUGCGUACCUUGGUUCUUCUGUUGUUGGUGGGUGUAGCUGCAGCCGGCCUUGCUCCGCUGUACGAAGUUGACGAGAACGUCAAAGGCAGCUACAUCAUCAAAUUCAAGGAUGACUUGGAUGUUGACAUCACUGCUGAUGACAUACAGCGUCGUGUCCAAAGGCAGCGUUUUGGUAGAGCUAGCUUCUCCCGUCGCUACCACAACGUCUUGACCGGUGUGGUUGCAGAACUGUCGGAGGAAGCACUGCAAUAUGUACGAACUUUGGAUGAGGUUGAGUAUGUAUCUGAGGACGGCAUUGCAUACGCGACUGCGAUACCCUGGGGACUAGACCGGAUUGGACAGAGAUCUUCAUCCCUCGAUAACAAAUACUCACCUGACUCAAAAUACAGAAGUGGACGGGGGGUUGAAAUCUGGGUCUUGGACACCGGUGUUCGUUUUUCACACAACGAUUUUGGAGGCAGAGCCUCAUUUGGGUAUGAUGCCUUUGGUGACGAUGGUUCGGAUUGUAACGGUCAUGGCACCCACUGUGCUGGUAUUGCAGCAGGGUCCACUUAUGGCGUAGCCAAAAAAGCAACUAUCAAAGCUGGAAGAGUCUUGGGAUGUAGCGGCAGCGGUUCUUACUCGGGAAUCAUCGGAGCACUGGACCAUGUCAAGGCAAAUGCCAACAAACCAGCUGUUGUUUCCAUGUCUCUUGGAGGAUCGAGAUCUACAUCUUUGGAUAAUGCAGUGAACAGCGUGAUAAGUGCAGGCAUUUCAGUGGUUGUCGCUGCUGGUAACGACAAUGCUAAUGCUUGUAAUACUUCUCCAGCUAGGGUUGACAAGGCAGUCACUGUAGGAUCAUCAGAUAAGUACGACAGAAGAUCUUCCUUUUCAAAUUAUGGGUCGUGUGUCGACAUCUUUGCCCCUGGCAGCUCCAUCCCGAGCGCCUAUUACACUUCUAACAGUGCGACAAAGACACUGUCAGGGACCUCCAUGGCCUGUCCACAUGUUUCAGGAAUUGCUGCUCUCUACUUGGCUGAAAGCUCGGGUCGUUCACCUGCUACCAUAAUGAAUAAACUCAAGAGCGCUGCAACCAGCAACGCCCUCUCUAGUGUUGGAUCAGGCAGUCCUAACCUUCUUGCAUACGUCGAUCAAUAG